UGUCAGCGGUCAUUUGCAGAAAAGAGGGUACCGAAAAGAGCGCGCCAAAACAAAAUGGCGAUCAGAGUAGCAACGUUUCCUCUUGCAUUUGGUGGAGCUUUAGCCCUUUUGACGUUUGCUUUCUACAACCGACACCGCUUCAUCACGGACUCGAGUCAGCAGCAGAAACGCUACGAGGAAAGUUACAAACAAGCGAGUGACUUUCAACAUAAGAUGCGAGAGAAACUUUCGGAGAAGAAAGGCUCUGACCAGGAAAACUGAUGUUUCAACAACUAGAAAACAAAGCCAGACAACUAGAUAAUAAGAAUUAGUAGAUUUGCGUUUUUGAGAUUGAAAGAGUGAUAUAUCUAUAGAGAUGUUUUGGUAUGCUGCUGAGUCAUGGAUUGGGAUGUAAACUUGCUACGCAAUGUUAACUUCAAUGGAAAUAGAUACUUAAGCUUACUGAACCCAUAAUAGAAGACAUAAUCAUGAAGAGUAGGAAUAAAACCCUAGCAAAACGGGGAACAUCAAAUCGAAGUGCUGCUAAAGCAGACCCACAAGGGAAUCAAGACACUAGCGAAUCAGAGAAAGAUUCCUUUAAGACAAAGACAUCCCAAAAGAAGAUUAGCCCAGUAUUUGGAAAUGCUAGAUUAAAAUGCUUCAUACCUAAAGAUUCUGCUAAAGGUAGUGAAGAGGAAAGCUGUAAAAGUAGCUCAUCAUAUUAUGCAUUUGAUUAUGACUCAGAGAGUGGUUCUACUGUAGAAACAUGUACAGGUACGAAAAGAAAACGAGGUACUGGAAUUGAUGAAGGGAAUGAUGGAGCCUCCAAUCCACACUACAGAAGGGCUAAACAGGCACUCGUGGAAGUGAAAAGCUCAAUUUCAAGUAAUAAGGGGAAUGCCAGUAAGAAAAGAAAGACUUCAUGUAAAGAAAGUGCCAAGAAAAAAGACCAUUUAGUAGUAGAAAGUGCAGAUUCAGAAAAUGAACUUGAUUUUGUAGACAAACCACAGACUAGCAUUCCACAGCAUGUUUUAGGGGAAGAGCAUAAACUUGAAAGAGUAAAGAGCAAAAGAGAUGCUUUGAAGAGAAAGACUACUAGGCAAGCGGCAUCUAGUGGGAAUGAAAAUAAGUCUGCCAGUGAAAGGAAAGUUUGUGAACAACCUGAAGCAAGUAGCUCAGUAGAAAUGCCAAAUAUAGAGUGCAAAGUUGUUGAUGACAAGCUUGAUAACAGUGAAAGCAAGUGUCCAGUUUGUAGUAAGGUAUUCCCAGCCACAGACAGUGAAGAAGAAAUGAAUGCUCAUGCUUUGAAAUGCCUUGAAAAUACAAGCACAGUGGAUCAAGUGAUAGAGUCAGACCCUACAGAUCCUAGAAGCUCCCAUAGUUUGUUGAGAGAUCAAAUUGAAGCUUUCCAGUACAAGAGAUCUCAACCUAAAGAUGAUCCAGAGUUUGGAGAGGAACUCUUCUUCUGCCACAUUUGCCAAAAAGAUUUGUCCAAGUUGAACUCCCAAAGAAGACAGCAACACAUCAACAGGUGCUGUGACAAAAUUGAAAGCUGCAAGCCAAAGGAGGAAAAAAAGGAAACAAACACUAGAUCUUCUAAAAUCAGUUGUCCAAUCUGUGGCCUUGUUUUUAAAACAACUAAGUCAAGGAAUAGUCAUGUCAAGAAGUGUGCCCAAAAGAAUAACAUCCCAGCAAACCAAGUUAUUGAAAUCAUGCAUAGAGUACAACAAGAUGAACAAGCCGAAGAGCUGGAAAAAAAAGAUGGUUCUGUACCAACCUCUUCAACUGCUACAAAUCCUAUACAUAUUGGUAAACCAGUGCCUUCUAAGAAGCGAAAGCCUAAAGAAUCUGCUAAAGUAAUGGAUGAACAGACUCAGAUUGCACUUGCCUUAUCCGCUUCCAUUGCACCUCCCUCAGUGGUAGAAGAUGAUGGCUUGACUACUACAAGAUCCAAGAAGAGGAAAAAGAAAGGAAAUGACAUAAUCCCUGCCCUGCUGUUGAGAAGUAAAGAAGAAACAGAUCAAGUCAUCGCAGCUCGAGCUGCAGAAGUUGUCUGUGGUCAGAAUGAUAGUACCUUGGACGAUGAGAUCUCCUGUACACCUGCUCUAGCACCAAGCUCACUGGCUCAAAAGUUUGUACCUGUAGAGCAAGCAAAUCUAGAAAUGAUGCAACAUGAAGACCAUCUCUGUGAAUUGUCCCAUGGUCAACAUUCAGAAGAGUCAUCUAUUUCAUGUACAAAGAAUAAUGAUGAUGAUGAUAACAAUGAUGAUACUGAUAAGGAUGAUGUCGAUGAGAACGUUGGCCAAGAUGAUGGCGAUGAUCCAAUGUAUGUGAUAUCUCCAGAAGACCUUUUAAAAAGCCCUGAUAUGUGCAAGUCAUUCCUGAGUUUUCUAUGUGUUGAUGGUGAAGAAGAUGAUGGCAUUAAGAUCUGCAAAAAGUCAGGUCCAGAAGAAAUCAAAGAAAAGGAAAACUUAGCUCCACCUUCUGCCUUAGAAAAUGCAAAGGUCCUUCCCAAGUCUUCCCUUUGGGCGCUGUCGUCUCUGGUAAACUCACAGUUACCAUUGAAUACAUAUUAUGUAACUGAUCUCUUACCUCCCGUCUCACCUGCAAAAUGUACCUCAACGAAAUCACCUUCCAAACAACGAAGGAAGUCAUAUCAUUUGGACAAAACCCUUCCAAUAUCGACUGAAGAUCUCCCUGAAUCAGUUACUCCAAAGCCUGAAGAAAAUAAUUAUUUUGAAAAGAAUCUAGCGAUUCAGAAAAGCCAGAAGGAAGAUUUAGGGAAAUCUUUAUUAGAAAGCAUAUCCGAUACACAGGCUGUAAACGUGGACAUCCUUAUGGGUUUAGCUAAUGAGGAUGAGGAUGUCCGUAACAAUGAAGUUGAUGUAUCCAUGGCAACGUCAAAGCUAUCCUCUUGUACUGAUGAGGGAGAUGAUGACGUUUUCCCUUCAAGUGGCUUCUGUCUCCCUUUUGGGCAACCUCAAGAUUAUAAGGCCAUCGAUUCGUCUACGUCCCCUUAUCUUACCACUCUUAUGAGGGACCUGUCAUCGAUGGUUCUCAACCCGUCACUCAGCGAUGUUGUCAUGAUUACGCGGGACACACAUGAAAUCCCUGCUCAUAAGUUUAUGCUGGCCGCAAGAUCGUCAGUGUUAGCAAAGAUGAUCGAAGAUGCAUCUUCUCAAGUUGUAAAUGGCAAAGUUAGCUUGAAGUUUGAAAACACUGAAUCAGCUGUCUUAGGGGAAGUUCUCAAGUUCAUAUACACGGCCACCGCCUCCGUUCCUCCACCUUUGAUUGAUGGUGUGGUUAAACUCGCAGAAAGUUUAGAGCUUGAAGAGCUUGUUCAAACUUUACAAGACCAAAACCGACAUCCGAGUGGUGAUGGUACGAAUGUGGACGAUGCAACGGGAGAAUGUCAUUCUACGGACCCCGAGGAUCUUCUGAAUACGAUCUGGCAUGAGAGUAACGAUGAGGAUACGGAAACUACACACAAGCAAAACACGCAGGAGACGGACUAUGAAUUUGACGAGGAGGAAAUCGAGGAGAUUCGUAUUUUUCAAACGCAGGCGGCGUCACGGACUAAAUUCUGUAGGUAUGAUCUCGAAGAGAAUGGUAGCGAUCAGCAAGGUUAUAAAGAAGUCAAUACUGAUCAGACAGAAUGUACAGCUAUGGCUGAAGAUAUGGAUAUGCCAAUGAACGAAUUAGAUAAGAAUGAUGUUGUAGCUGAAGACUAUAUGAACAUCGCUGUGGAGACAGAAAGAGAAAAUGAUGAGGUAUUGGAGAGUCAUAUUGUUGGGGGAAUGAAGACGACGUUUAGAGAAUUAAACGAGUGCAGCCCAACCACGAAGAGCAACGAGAGCAAUUUAACGAAUGUUGGUUCCUUACGGGAACGGCUUCGGGCAAAGAUUGGCAUAGAUAAGGAUCAAUUCGAAUCUCAGAAGCAAGAUCAUACUGACGAGAGUCAAGUUAAAGCUGACCCAGCGACCGACAUCAAGAAGUAUGGAGAACAUGACUUGCAUGUUAAAUCUAAGCCGAGUGAAGAUGAUGGUAUGUUGUCAUCUGUACUAGCUGUUGAUGACAUACCUUGGGACGAUGAGCCAACCAUAGCUUAUGACUUGGAGCGGAGUCCUUCCAGCGGUGCUGAUCGCAUGGACAUAUCUCAACAAACACGAAGCUUCAGAAAUACCAGAGCAAAUUUAAGUCAAGCGUUCCAGGAGUCAAGUGUUACAGGUUUUGACAGACAGGAAUAUGUCACGGUCGGGUACCCACUUACAGAUGCCAUUGAUUCCAGGGUUAAAUGUGCAAAGAAAAAUCAGAAAUACUUGCGUGGUAAUAACGAUAAAGAAGAAGUUGUUGGUGCACAAAAUAUUGAGCCUCGUAAGGACAACGCCAAAGAUCAGAUUACAAGUGAACUGUCCAACAAAAGGAAACUCAUUGUCGAUGAGGAAAAUGUGGGAAAUUGUGACAAAGAUGAGAGUGUCAAUUGCGAUGGUGUAAACGUAACCUUAAACGAGUCAAUCAGCUUGAUAAGUGACAAAGAGGAUAAUGAUAAUAGUCAGGUAAAACAGAGGGGUGAUUUUGAUAAGAAUGGUGGAGAAUCCGGAGAAGACACGGCUGCUGCUGAUGAUGAUAACAAAGAUAGUGAUGUCGAUAGUGUUGGUACUGCUAAUGAAGAUAUUGAUGAAGUGAUGCAAAAGGGGUCUGGUGGUGAUAAUUGUGGAAAACCUGAAGUAGAUACCAAGAAUGAUAGUAUUUUCAGGGAUGCGAACUGGGCAGAUACUGUUGCAGGUGAUGCUAACUGUGACGAUGCAGAGUUUUUUAUACCAGAAACCCCUAAUUCAAAGAAAACAGGACGUAGUCUUAUCUCCCUGUCUGAUAAGCGUCCUGCUCCCAUGAACAUAACCUCUCGACUAUCAAAGAUAUCGCCUCUCAGAGCACUUGAUUCCAAUGCAGAGUGUGCAGUCAGCUCAGAUAGUGACUCCGAGCUAGAAGAUGAGAAAAAACCUCUAGCGAGCUUAUGCAGCCAAGUUAAAAUGCAUAAAACAAAAGAACAACAAUGCAAUGUUGAAAAAACCCUACCCGAAGAAAGUGCCCAAAAGAGGACGUUCGUUAAAAAUAGGACAGAUAUGGCGUCUUCCUUGAAUAUACGAAGAAGACACUUAGAGGACUCCAAAACCCUCGAGAAGUCAAAAUCGUUUAGUAGUGGAUUAGAUGUUCCUAUCGUUGACAAUGCAGCGGACCAAACUCAAGGGAUAACACCCUUCAACCUGGCAUCGCCUGAAGAUGGAAAUGCUCUUUGGUCUGAUGCCUCGGAACCAGGCGAAGACCCUUUCCCGCCUUGCUCACCAGGGGACGAAGAUGGCUACUCUUCUGGCUCCUCUUUGACGCAGAUGAUUCCCCCUGCUAAUCCAUCUCCCUCAUACUUUGAAUUCCAAAGCUUUUCCCCACCUGAGUCGCCGCCAGAAAAAGCCAGUGAGGAAGAUGAGGACAUGCCAUCGCCUCACUCAGUAGAUCUAACUAGGGACGGUACUCCUCCAACCUCUCCUAGUCCUGAAGCAACAAACCCGCUCUCAGACCCUAAGAUUACAACGUUUAAGGUCCCAGAGUCACCGACUUCAAGUAUAGAGGCAACUACUGCCCCAACUUCGGCAGAUUCGCCUACGGUCGCUACUUCUCCUAUAGAUUCGCCUACUGUUCCAGUGGUUGAGCAAUCUUACGGAUGUCCCAAGACUUCUGUUGCUCUAAGUGAUAAAGAUGAUGAAGAGUUGAAAGGUUUUUGCAAAGAUGAAGACCAUAGCGAUGGUUAUCUUUCCCCUACAAUUUCUGUCUCGACAUCUUCGAGGAAAAUCCUGCAAAGAUCAGAUGCCGAAAAUACUUCUGAAGAUGAUAAUAAUGAUGAUGGUUUGAGUGCAGGGUUGAAAACGGGCGAAAAAUCUAGCGGGAUCUUAACGGAAACAAGCUUAUUCCAGAGACUGAAAGCAAGAAAACUUGGAAUUGAAAUUUGUCAUCGUGUGGAAAGUAUUUCAGAUAAUGACGAUGUCGACAAAGAGCGGGCUUCAACACCAAUUGAUAACAGUGAUGGUAAACCGAACUCACAAUCGCAAGGGAGAACCUCAAAUCAACCCACAUUGAACCAAACCGAGUAUUUUGACGAUGGAGGUUUUAACUGCGACGUUGAUUGCUUUGCUGAUUGUCCAGGUGCAGAUGAUAGCUUACUAGCUGCCGUUGACAUAGAACAACUAGAGCAAGAACUGCCAUCUAAAGGGACUCCAUCUCCAGGCCGAGAAACUAAGGUCCAUAGUAGGGCCACGUAUUCGCAACAGUCUCUUUCGCAGGGGUCUAUUACGCAAAGAACAGUCACGCAACAGGUGGUAACACCAGGAUCGGUCACGCAAGGGGCCUUCACCACUCCGUCAGCUACAUGGAGAGCACAGAGCUCUGUUGGUCAAAGUCCAAUCACUCCGAUGCCACAUUACAGUGACAUGGACACGCCACAACUGAAGAACAAAGUCAAAGAGUAUGGCGUGCGGGCAAUGCCUAAAAAGAGAAUGGUCAAGAAACUGAAGGAAAUAUAUCAAUAUACUCACCCUGGUGCACCUCCCCAGGAAGAGCAGAGACCAGACAAGAAGCGGUCUAAUCGAGGGCGCAAACAAGCCCCAAGGGGGAAAGGGAAGGGGAAACGUGCACCAGCCAGCCAAAGACAGCUGAGCUCAGAAUCCGAGGACGAUCAAGAGGCUAUUAAAAAACAGUUUUCAUUGAAACAGACUUCAGAGACGCAGUUGAAUAAAAUAAGCCGGGUAAAGUCCACAGUUUCAACCCAAAAACCUGCAAUGUCUGGAUCUGAGGAAGAGAUGAUUGGAGUAAGAGAUGCUAGCAACAAGGAUGAUGUAGAAACAGUGUCACAGUCAAGUGAAGAGAGUGAUAAAGAAGACGAGGAGUUUGGUGAAGUAUCUGUGCUAAUGGAGAAUGAGCACGCCACCGCAUCACAGCAGGUCAAUAGUGAUGACUUAAAACAGACGCUGCUGAAAUACAUGACAGGAGACAGGGAUCUGCACUUCAAGAUACUGACCUAUCAGCCCAUGCAAGUAGUACACCUCCAUGAGCAGAUCAAAUCGGAUGGAAUUAAAUGCCCCAUUUCCAAACUUGUCGACUUCCUUGAUGAACAGUGCAUCUCUUUUACCACCGCUGGCAGUCGACAAACGCAACGAAAUCGGCGGCGAGGGAAAACGAAACCGAGCGCCAGGGCUUCCAGAAAAUAGAGGCUUUCCAAAGAAUGUAUAGAUAUAGCGAAGUUAGACGAGUAUGCUGAAGUGCCCUCGAGAUAAUACCAUUCUAAUAGCGUUAGAGAGCAUCGAGCUUGGCUAGCGGUGAGAUCCACCAGGCAAAAAUUGAUUGCCCUUAAAGACACCUAACAGGGCUCAAAGUGUGCGACGAAACGGUCGCCUGUCGACCUGUGCCUGACUUAGUAUUCAAAACUAAGGGUGUGUUUACAUGACGCCGGAUCGACUUUCGAUCCGGGGUGAGCUCACACCGUUUUUUUCAGUCCCCCUCAUGUACACCUGUAUUUUGUAACUCCGCGUUUACAUUAUUCCGCGACAAAACUGAAGUCGUUCCGGAUCGAAGUCGCACCGGUUCUCGCUCCGGAUCGAAAUUUUGUUCUGGUGCGAGAAUUUACUCACAUUUACUCACGGUAUCUUGUAAACGCGGAUCGAAAGCUCAAUCCGGAGCGAGAUUGCCGGUCGAGCUGCCUGGAACGAGUGGCGCACGCGCAUUGAGGCGAGUGCUGUCCUGAAGCAAUGCAGGCUCGCCGUCAGGCAUUCCGCCAUGUAAACGUGGAACGAAACUCGAAGUCAACCCGGAACGAAACUCGAUCCGGUAUCAUGUGAACAGCCCCUAAUAACACACAUGCGCUUCAGAAAAUGACAAGCUUUCAGCCCUGCCCAGAGUUAAUCAAUGAUUUCAAGUAGUCUUCUUAGAUACUAUUUUUAUAUUGACAUUGAAUAUAUGUUUUUUUAGUAGUCGAGCGUAAUUGCUUUAACAGCAGUUAUAGUACAGUACAACUAUCUGACUUUUUGAAAAAAGAUGUUCUAGUUUAGUCAGAUCGAGAGAUAAUUACGUUAUUUUUAGAAUCGACUGCCUGCGUGAACUGCUGUAAUCUUGUGAUGCAGUGGACGGUAUGGCUAUCGAUAUGAAUCAGAAAUCAAACAUUGUCAAGUGCAGUUGUAUUAGUUGCCUUUUGUUCCCCAUUAUGCAGGGAGUUAGUUGAAGAAUGACUCAAGGAUUUUAUCACUAGUUUCCUGUGAUUUGAUCUCGGCCUGUCGAAUGCAUUGUCUAAAUCACGCCCAGGAAAAUUAAAUAAAUAGAAUAGAGAUCCGAACUCAAAUAAACAGACUUUUCGAGAAAAGAAGAA